UGCUCAACCUCAGAGGUCGAAGGAUUGGAACUCCAGUCUCCGGAGAGGGUUUAGUGAGGCAGAGACAGUGGCGGGGGAAGGAGCGUCUGCCACAUCUCCUGUCUGACUUUCAGAAUGGAUAACUUGUCGUUUGGCACGGAUGAGGUGGGCCUGGUGGAUAUGGGCAGCGCGGGAACUAACGGAGUGGGCGCCCAUGGCAAGAGUAAGGCCGCCCACAACCCCGACAAGGUGGUGGCGGUGCUCGGUUCAGGGGACUACGGGCGCGCCAUCUCACGCCGCCUGGUCAGCGCUGGAUACAACGUGCUCAUAGGCUCCAGGGAUCCCAACAGGAGCAAGAUCAAGACUCUGGUGAGGCAGACUGGAGCCACUCUGACAGGCCAGGAUGCGGCCAUCGAGGAGGCAGCCAUGGUGGUGGUGGCCGUGGGGCGUGACCACUACGACCACCUGCCCUUGUCCCUUCUCCAAGGAAAGAUUCUCAUCGAUGUCUCCAACAACACGGAGCGACGCAAGGGACCGCACUACCGCAGCAACGCAGAGUACCUGCAGGGUCUCGUACAGGACGGCAAGGUGGUCAAAGGCUUCAACGUGCUGUCAGCCUACGCCCUCGAGAAUGGCGGCCUCCAGGGCAGCAAGGAGGUCUUCCUGGCGGGUGACCACGCGGACGCUAAGAUGAAGGUAUCCGAGAUGGUGCGGGCGAUGGGCUUCCAUCCAGUGGAUUGGGGCAACCUUGCCGCUUCGCGAGACAUCGAAGACGUGCCUCUCCGCCUCAUGCCCUCCUGGAAGCGGCCCGUGGCGGUUGUGUUUGGCAUCUUCGUCUUCCUAUGGAUUCUAGCUUUCUUCUCGUUCCAGAUCUGCCGUAACAUACAGUCUGGCCAAUGGGACGAAAACUGGAAGCGCAUCCCCUUGACGAACUUCAACCGCGUUAUCGCCAUCACGGCGCUCUGGACUCUCGCCUUCUGCUACAUUCCUGGUUUGAUCGCGGCCUACAUCCAGCUAUGGCGCGGUACCAAGUACAGCAGGUUCCCCAAGUGGCUGGACGACUGGCUCAAGAUGAGGAAGCAGCUUGGCCUCCUCAUGCUGGGACUGGCGGGCAUACACGCGUGCAUCUCCGUAGCCUACAUUACGCCGCAGACGACUGGCUGGGUGUACGAGGAGCCCACCAGGUUCCAGGCCGAAGUGGUGGUAGACGCUAACACCACCACCACCAACACGCUCACCAUUUACAACAACGAGUUCAACUGGAGAGGAGAAUUCUUCCUCUCAAUGGGCGCAAUAGCCACGUGUCUGCUGGUGGUGCUGGGCAUAUCAUCGCUCCCCUCUGUCACCGCCACUCUCUCCUGGCGGGAAUUCACUUUCAUUCAGAGCAAACUUGGGUGGGUGGCUCUGAUCACUGCGGCCUGCCAUGACGUCUUCCUGGCCUGGCACUACAUGUUCCUCUACUGGGGUUGCUUCAGGACGCUCCCCAUCGGCCCACAGUACGCGCUGUACCCGCCCUUCAUCGCGGUCAUCAUGAAGCUGCCGCUGCUCCUCCCGCCAGUGGACAACUAUCUGCAGAAGAUCCGGCGAGGCUACGAGCGAGGCAGCCAGUCGGAGAGUAAGAAGGGCAACCCAUUGUGAACACCGUAGCGGCCUGACAAGACAAGACUUUCAUCCUUGUUUUAUUUUUAUAUCCACGUAUACUCAUACAUGUAAUAUUUUAAGUCAAUCUGAUGUUGAUGUUAUUUUGUGCAUAUUUAUUUAUGCAGUGUGUUGAAACAUACUCUUUCAAACUCAUUUAUUUUUUGCUUCGCUGGCCUCACACUGUAUUCUGGCGUUUUUUUUUUUUUUUUUUUUGCCACACUGUACAGUAUUCUGGCUUGAUACUUGGCCACAUUGUACAGUAUUCUGGGUUGAUACUUGGCCACACAGUACAGUAUUCUGGCUUGAUAAUUGGCCACGCUGUACAGUAUUCUGGGUUGAUACUUUGCCACGCUAUAGUCUGUCUUGAUAUUUCUACCAUUGAUGUGUCUGUCUCUGACUACAGGUUCCCGUGGCUUUUCAUUGACGAGUGCAACUUCCCUGCUUCUAUUCGACAUACUGUCAAUCUCGACGUGACAAAGUAGCUAACGUUUUCACUACUUAAGUAAAUACAAGACUGUGCCUGCUGUCAUUUACAUGUGAAGGAAAGCAACGCCUUACGAUUAACGUGAGACGGUACUUCACACUUCUAAGGGCACACCAUGACUUUAAGACUUGUUUGAAAUAAAACCUUGCUUACAUUACAGAAGGUUUUUGUACAAGGGUAAGAACUGGACAGUCCAUGAGGGAUAUUCAUAUCCUACAAAUGGCCAAAGUUUGCUCCUCAGACUAGACUGUUUGAAUGUUGUUUCAAGGGCUGGUGGUAAACACUGAGCAACAGCAGUGAAGGGCAUUUUCUCUUCAGUCAUGUAUGGUGAAAACUGUCCCACUCUCGUACCCUUCACAAAAAUAUUCAGACCACUAUUCUUCUGUAAUGUAAUAACAUCUGGCAGGCUGUAUGAGGUGAUCCAGCACAACACAAUCCUGUCCACUGUCAUACCACCAUGGUAAAAAAUAACACUGAUUCUUUUUUUUUUUUUUUUGCCAUUCUGCAACACUGUCAGUACAAUAAAAUUAUAUGCACGAAUCAUGUUUGAUACAAACACAUGAAAAGCCAUGAUAGUGAAGCAGCUUUGAAGAACCUGCAGCACUACAUCACACUGUCAGAACGGUUAUACCUCACCACAGCUCUCUAGCAUAAUAUUCCAUUGCAACUCUUAUUCAUUGUACACCUUCAUUCCCUAGCUUCAUUCUGUCAUAAUAGACUUGGCACAUUUCAACUUGUCUUGAAAAUUACUGGAAUAUUACUAAAUUAGUGUUCUACUUGAUUUUGUAACAUUAAAUUAAAUAUGUGAUUUAUACAAUGUAAGUGUGCUGAAUGGUUUGUAAAUAUAUUUUUAUGAUA